AUGUCUCGUCGUCACAAUCUUCCUAACAAUCCAGAGUCUCAAUCCGAUCUGAUUCCUCUUGUAAGUGUAUUUACUUAUAAUCCAUUUACUCUGUUUAGAAAAAACUUCGCAUUGACGGGGAAGAAUUUGAAGCAUCAAUUGUAAGUCCUAUCCCUCUUUCGUCGACUGAAUCAUGCGUGUUUUUUGUCUGGAUCCUCACAAAUCCUCCAUUUUUUACAUGCCCAGCCUUGCACUACUUUCCCGGUGUUUUAUUAUUUAUCCUUCGUGUCUUAAUUCCCUUUCUUGGCCAACUUUUUGGCCAAAACAUUAACGUUUUCCCAUCUCAUGUGGGUCAUUCAAGUUUCUACCGGGCUUUUUGACACUUACCAGUUUAUCUUUCAUUAUUCAUGUCUAAUUGAGAAGUUCGCCCAUGUUUAGACAGAUGGUAAGAAUAUUUAUUUUGAUGAUUGUUUUUGUAAAAUGACCUUCACUCUUUCCUCAAAACAUUUUUUAUCCUUGCAAACAACGGAACGGCCCGUGAAUUGGAGAGACGCACUCUUUUGCGGACCUUUCUUUAGCUAGAAAAAAAUUUUUUGAGGGAAACUGACGUCCAACGCGUUGGACCGUCCUUCAUAGAACGAGAACCGUAUCAGUUUAUGCGUUUUCUGAGUUUAUCAUGGUUUAGGAGCGGCCUUUCGCCGAUAUCUAGUGUAAUGUGGGAGCAGAGUUCACGCCUCUUUUUGUUCUUAGAGGGAAAGAAGGUCUUGCCAUGGCCUCAAACUACAAACAGAAAACGAUGAUUUUUAACGAAUGUUCCAACGAAGAUCAGUAUAAAUAGUAUCAGGCCGAAGGAAAACUUUAUUUCCGCUCGCGGGCGCAUGUGAAAAAUGCCUCUUUUUAAAAAUGUGGAUGUUCUCACAGAUUUUCGCCGACGGCGAAAUAGCUGCUCUUUUGUAUGGCCAGUACAUUCCCCCGCUUUUUUUUUGGUUCAUCGACGGAAAUCGUGACUUUUGGGUUCCGAACAGUUUUAGCGUUCUUUUUCUCGAAUAUUCUUUUCGUCCUUUCAUUCAGUCAACAUUUUUUUUGUUUCUUGGGUUUUUAUCUCCGAUUCGAAGGUCUCUUCCAUCAUUUAUGUACUUGUAGAUAGUUAAUUUAGUUGAUGUUGGUCUGUUUGGACUGUGAGAAUUAUUUUACAGCUGUCUAACCACCACUGACUGCAUGGAACGGAUCGGUGCAUAAUUGCGGCUUCUCUUGUAUACUUUUUAUUUUAUUGCAAGUGGUUGUUAAAUCCCCUUCGGUUCUGUCGUGAUUUCACUGGUUUAUUGUUUUGUGCGUACAAUAUUAGAGUAUUUUCAGGCUGCAAACAUGUCCAAGGCUUUCAUUGGCAAACCCGCCCCUGAAUUCACCGCCGAGGCCGUCGUCGAUGGAGACUUCAAGACCGUAAGCUUGAAGGAUUACCGAGGCAAAUAUGUGGUACUCUUCUUCUACCCACUCGACUUCACCUUUGUCUGCCCCACCGAGAUCAUCGCUUUCUCCGAGGCCGCUGAUCAGUUCCGCAAGCUCGGCGUUGAGGUCUUGGCCGCCAGCACCGAUUCGAAGUUCUCCCAUUUGGCUUGGAUCAACCAGCCUCGCAAACACGGUGGAUUGGGUGAAAUGAAGAUCCCAGUGAUUGCCGACACCAACCACAAGAUCUCACGCGACUACGGAGUUCUCAAAGAAGAUGAGGGAAUCGCUUUCCGGUGAGUUGGAGGAAUUUCAGUACAACGAAGAUUUUCUACUAUUCUCAUGUGUGGAGAAAAGGAUGUCAAAUUUUGUUUCAUUUCAGUGGUUUGUUCAUCAUUGACGGGCACGGAACCCUCCGUCAGAUUACCAUCAAUGAUCUUCCAGUUGGCCGCUCUGUUGAAGAGACUCUUCGUUUGGUCCAAGCCUUCCAGUACACCGACAAGCACGGAGAAGUCUGCCCAGCUGGCUGGCAACCAGGUCAUGACACCAUCAAGCCUGAUGUCAAGAAAUCUCACGAAUAUUUCAACAAACAUUAA